AUGCAUUUGUCACUCCUUUCCAUGUUGGCUUCUUCGAGCUUAGUUCUUGCAAGAAAUGUACCACGCAACUCCUUUCAAUCGGGUCGUGAUGUUGGGUUGUCUGGUUGGUCUGUUCAGUCAGAUGUUUGUCCGGUAGGAAGUACCUCGUGUGGGAUUACUGCGAGCGGUGCAUGCUGUCCGUCAAGUAUGAUCUGUGCCAAACCUGCGAAUUCUGAAGUUGCAGCCUGCUGUCCAACCACGGGCGAAUGUCGUGCGGUGAUUGAAGCAGCUCCAAAGUGUGCGGAUGCGGGUUGGAGUUUGUGGGCUGGAUUGGAUGGAAAUGAUUUUUGUUGCGAGGUGGGCUUGCUGGGGGCUUAUGAUCAUAUUUCUCAUCGUGCUGGAACUUGCGUUGCUUCUGUUGUAGCUCCUACUACUUCGGCUGUUCUUAGAUCAACAGGAACGGAUUCCUCAAUCGUUGCUACUAUAAGCUCAAUCUCUACUACUAUUACCUCAGCCCCGAUAACAUCGACUAUCGUGCCAACAACCGACAGUGUUACCUCAAUCACUUCUGUCAAGGUAUCCACCUCGGCGUCUAGUUCUGCCAAGGACAUCAGUGACAAUAUUCAAGCUUUAGCUUCCUCUGCUUCUGGUACUACAGAAGUCUCUUCGUCCAAGGCGGCAACAUCGAUAAUUUCUAAAGUUUCAUCAAGUGCAGUUGCAAACUCAAAAUCUGCAUCUAAUAAUGUGAUAGCAAGUUCUAAUUCAGCACCUACCGGAAAACCAGUAUUCUUUCACUAUAUGGUCGGAGGAAUUACCGAUUCUCACUGCGAGCGAGAUAUCAUUGAUGCUGUAGCUUUAGGAGCCGAUGCAUUUGCUCUUAAUCUUGCCGUACCACUAGAUUCCAGCCACUCAUGGGCAGUCAACACCGUCGCCUGUCUCUUCAAAUAUGCCCAAGCUCAUGACUUUAAACUCUUUUUCUCCUUCGACAUGACUGGUUUCACAUCCCCUUCUCAGCUCAUCCCUAUCCUAAACACCUACAUCACCAACAGUGCUUACUAUACCUAUUCCGAUUCCGGACAACCCUUCGUAUCGACCUUCAACGGAGGGACCUCAGCCUUCAAAUUUGGUCAAGACACUGUAAACGACGGAUGGAAAAAAGGCCUCCAAGAACCCAUGUCCGCCUCCGGCCACCCCAUCUACUUCAUCCCCUCCUUCCAAGAUGUUGCCCCCUCUUCCUCCUUCUUCACCACCACAUACCCCACCCUAAACGGAACAUUCAACUGGAACUCUUGGCCCACCUAUACCGCCGGCGAUGUCCCCGUCAACACCAUCGACGACACCAUCUAUCAAACCGCCGCUCAAGCUUCCAAAAAAGGAUUCAUGAUGGGCAUUUCCCCACUCCAAUUCAAACACAUCUCCAAGACGCAAAACUGGUACCGCCGCGGCGAAGCCAACCUCGAAUUCCGCUUCCAACAAAUCCUCACUCUGCAACCCGAUUUCAUCGAAUUCCAAACGUGGAACGAUGCGGGCGAAUCGCAUUAUAUGGGAAAUAGCUGGCCCGAAUCUCUCGUUUCGAAUAGUACACCCGAGGCUCUGUCGAGUUUGGAUUAUGAUCAUACGGCAUAUGCACAGAUUCUCAAGAGUUUUAUAAAGGUGUGGAAGAGCGGGGCGAAGAGUACGGAUACGAUGGUUCCGACGAAUGGGAAGGAUGUCCAGGGGACUUUUUGGCAUCAUACGCUGUUGAAGGGGGGCGAUUGUGGAGGGGAUAAAUUGGGAUUGGGAAAGCCGGAUGGGAUAGAGGGGGUGGAGGAUAGUGUUACGGCGGUGGUGUUGGUUGCAGAGGGUGUGGAGGGAUUAGUGGGUAGGAUUAGUGUGGGGGGGAAGGUGUGGGGGGAGAAGACUUUGAGUGAGGGGUUUAAUACAUUGGUUGUGGGGAAUAUUACGACGGGGUCGGUGUCGAUGAGUGUGGUGGAUAAGGCGGGAUUGGUUGUGGUGGGUGGGAAGGGUCCGAUGGAUGUGGUGAGUAAGGCGGACUUGUGUAAUUACAAUUUCCAGGUUGUGGGGUUGAGUUAG